AUGCUCUCCGCCGUAUCUUCGCCACCUCCUUCUUUCGUGAACCCACGCGCCUCCCGUCUCUGCCCCUCGACCCUCAACGUCUUAUCUUCUCCGCUACAGAAGCUUCCAAAAAUCAAUUUCCGGUUCAACUGUGCUCGCGAUUCGGGUGAGAAUGAGAGCAAAACGAUUAUGGAUGCAUUUUUCUUGGGGAAAGCUGUGGGAGAAGCCAUUAGCGAGCGCAUAGAAUCAGCUGUGGGCGAGUUUCUGAGCACGAUUGGGAGAUUGCAAGCUGAGCAACAAAAGCAAGGGCGUUGUAGAGGUCGAUUGGAACUGGAACAACAGGCGACGCUCGCGUACGCCAUUGACCGACGAAUUGAGCCCGGCGGCGACGACGAUCUGAAACUUUAUAACGUCGCCGAUGGAGGCGAUUUCAGAGGCGGGCAGGGUUCAAAUCACAAUCAGCAAUAUCUCGGCGUCGUCUCAUGGAGGUGA